AUGGCUAAUGGAUCUUGUUUGUCAAAUGCACUAAUUUCAUUCCUGCUCGAAGUUGGCCGAGAUGAGGACGCCACCAAAAACCGAGCCACGCAGAGACAAUAUAGUCGAAAGUUUCUGUCGUUCUUCGACAAUUUUGAUCUGAGAGAAUUCUCCCUCAAACUCGAGGAGCUGACAUCGGACACCAUCAGAAGGGUUGAAGAAGCUCCAUGCAGCGAUCCAGUUGGGAAGGACUUAUUGAUGUUUGUGACGCAAGUCAAGUUAGGGACGCUGCGCGUACUGCAGAGUUUGAACAGUGUCGAAUUGGAUGCGUGCCGGAAAUUCGUCGAUAAAGGCAAAAAACUACUCGCGAAACAGUUUUCCAAAUCAGUGAAUCCUGCGAGCUUCGACAGUUCUCCAAACCUCGGUCUGGAACCUGGAGGCGGAGUUCGUUCUCCGAAGAGGCCGCGGAAAUCGAGGACCAGAUCUUCCCGGACCAAGCGUCCAGCAGUUGAGGAGCGCGAGAGCUCUCCAGAGGUGCCCAUCGAAGACAUUUCAGAGAGAGAUCUUAGCCUGCAUGAAGAUGGAGGUUUCAGAACGACAGUCCAAGAGGAUAUUACGCAUGAUCGAGACAUCACUCCGGAGAGACCGGUGUCCCCUUUCGAGCAGCUCGAUGGAAUUGAUGUGGUCGAUGAAUGGGCUGAGUUCAGCAACGGAGACGCAGAGCCAAGCUUCCAGCUGGAAACGCUUUCUCGGCCUGAACCGGGUCGGACGACCCGGAGACACAAGCGGUUGCGCGGAGUCGAUCGACAAACCCAAUUGAGCGUGAAAUUCAUGAGGCAAUGCUAUCUACACGCGUACAAGCUGUCCUGGACCGCGGCUGAGCAUCGGGAUUUUAUCGAUGAUCUUGUCUCAGAGGAUAUAUCAGCGGAGCAUCUGCUGCGAGCGGAGCCGUGGGUGGAACGCGGCGAUGCAUUAACACGGUUUUUCACGGAAAAAAUCAGAGCUGCGAAAGUCCUCACAUUUGUUGAAGGCGCGCCGACUGAACAAGAGAGACCACCCCUUCCUCGAGAUGAAAGCGACGAGAUUCUGCACGGAGCCAUGCCCGCUACAGACAUGCCUGCCGCGAUGAUCGAUGAAGAUUCCUUUAACGACGGGAGAGACUUCAGAUCGGGUGAGACCGUGCAUAUCUCGACUCGCUGGAAGCCAUGA